UGGAGGUGUAGCCUCCUUCCUCCUCUCGCUGAUCAGAAGACAUCCCGUCGACCAACCCACUCUGCUCCCACCCAGAGACCGCCAGGAGAUGGCGGACUCCAACCCCUCCUCGCCGGCAGACUCCCCACUGCCCCUCCCCUCCCCUCGCAUCCCCCUGCAGCUCUCCUUCCCCUUCCUGAGGGAGGGAAGCCGCGUGUGGGAGAGAGAGAGGAAGCCACCCCAGCCUGGCGAGCUGCCCAGCCCCCUGCCCACCAAACGCACCCGCACCUACUCGGCCACGGUGCGGGCAACAUCCGGCCCUGUGUUUAAAGGAAUGUGCAAGAACUUCUCCAGGUCUCAGGGUCAUGGGUUCAUUCGCCCGUCUCACGGGGGAGAAGACAUCUUUGUUCACAUCUCCGACAUCGAGGGAGAGUACGUCCCCAUGGAAGGAGACGAGGUCACCUACAAGGUGUGCCCCAUCCCACCCAAGAACCAGAAGAUCCAGGCCAUCGAGGUUGUGAUCACCCAUCUGAACCCGGGCACCAAACACGAGACCUGGUCCGGUCAGAUCAUCAGCUCCUAGACCAGAACUCUGGACUUGGA